AUGGUGGAUCCUUCUAAGGUUAGAGCUGUGGUGGAUUGGGAGAGUCCUAAAAAUGUUUCUGAGAUCCGGAGUUUCCUAGGUCUUGCUGGUUACUAUCGGAGGUUUGUUAAGGAUUUUUCAAGGAUAGCUCAGUCGUUAACUAAAUUGAUGAAGAAAGAGAGCAAGUUCCUGUGGUCCGAAGAGUGUGAAAGAGCAUUUCAAGAGUUGAAGAAGUGCCUCACUACCGCUCCUGUUCUGACCUUGCCUACCAAAGGGGUUGGGUUUGAAUAUAUAGUGACGCAUCGAAGCUCGGUUGGGUUGUGUUCUUAUGCAACAAAGGAAAGUGGUGGCGUAUGCCUCCAGGCAGUUGAAGGUGCAUGA